AUGGGAGACCUCGUCUCCAAGAAACUUGACCCAGAACUAGCAAAGACCAUCCCAGUAACAUGGUUUUGCUUCCCGGGUUCCCACGAUGCCGCAACGUACAAGGACGGCCUGGCAGACUUCAGCUACCAAUGCCAGGAGAAGAACCUGUACGAUCAGAUGAUGACCGGCAAUCGGAGUUUUGAUCUUCGUCUCGCCCCCGGCAAGGACAACACGCACUUCAUCGCUGUUCAUGGCGUGGCUAAGAACACCGGCGACGACUUUAGCGAUAAUGCUAAGCAAGCCAAAGAAAACCAUCUCGCAAAGCAGAUAAUGAAAUUCGCAAGGGAGCAUCCCUCCGAGAUCCUCAUCAUCAAAGUCCGCUUCGACGGUUUGGCAGAACCCAUGCAGAAGCUCUGGGCCGACACCGCCUGGCACUUUCUUGGUGAACGUCUGCUACAAGCGCCCUCUAAGGAAGAGCCAAAUCCAACAUACGCCCAAGCCGUGGAAAGUAACCGCAAUAUCAUCUUAGGCACUGGAGUGGGGUCACCAGACGGCCACCCGAUCGCGAAAUACUACUGGAAGGUUGGCGCUAACACCAAGAACUGGCUCGGUGAGAACAACGAAUUGCUCUGGAAUGAACCGACAUGGCAGUCCGGUGAUAUCAAGAAGGUCCUGCACUCGACUGAACAGUACAUCAACCAGAACCAGGACAAGCUCAAGGAGCGGAACAGAUUCUGGAUCGCGCAGCUCCAGCUCACCCCCGUGCUCGGUCAAAGCAUUUCCACCUUCUUCAGUCAAGGCGGCAGUGUCAGACCAAAGGACCUUGCUCUGGGAGGUGGGAUGGGCACGCAUGGCAAGUUUGCUGGAUCGAACAAUGAGCUGCGACAGUCUGGUGUCUUGAAGAAGGCAUUGUGGAGGAAGCACGCAAGCUGCAUCCACUACGACUUUUGUGAUAAGGACACGACUGGCGACAUUGUGGCUAUGAAUUUGCCGAGCGGAGAUGAGGAUGAUGCGGGUGAGGGAGCUGGUGAAGGUCAUGAAGGUGGUGGCGGCAGAGGCGGGAGGGCCGGGAGAGGCGGCCGUGGGAGGGGAAGAGGUCGUGGGCAUGAUUAG